GGUUGGCCCCUGGUCCUCGAGUUUGUUUGGUUUCUUGUAAAUAUCCCAUGAUUUUGGAGUCCAAAGCCCAUUCCGAUGGCAUCCGUGGCUGAGUGCAGCCACAGCGUCUUCGACAUGGUGACCCACCUGGCCACUUUGUUGGCGUCGGAGGAGCAGGCGCCAAAUCGGCCCACAGCUGCGUCGGUGGCCAGGAUGCGCUCCAAAAUCUAUGAGGAUCUGCUGCGCACUGGGACGAUGUCGUCCCAAGACAAGCUGGAGCUGCUCCGCCAGGUGAGCAGUGAGGUGGCAAAGAAUCCCAAACGGAGGGACAGCCUGAACCGCUUCCAGAAUCUUCUGGCAGGAAAGGACGAAGCACAUCCCCACGAAACUAAAAACGAUCCUGGGAUCAGUCUGCUGCCAGAGCAGGUUGGGAAAAAUACUCCUGAACCGGAGAAGGGUGCGGAGAACCACUACAAACCUGGCCUCAAACUGUAUAAGCCGGGAAUACUGAAACUACACGAACUGCCGGACCGCUUACCCAGGGAGCCAGUGAACCCAAAAGCGCUCAAAUCUCCGGAUCAGAUGGGGCGGGUCUUAAAGCCCCUCCACUUGCAGCCCCACUCCGAUCUUCUACUGACCAACCUGAAGGCGCCUACCCCGGAAAAGCCACGCGCCGGUAUCAAUCUAUCCCUUUUAACCUUCUCCGGCUUAGCAGAAACCAUGACUCGCAUGAGGGAAUCCAGGGAGCAGCCAAUGCAACCACCUCCCCGACUGCCAGUCCUGAAAAAGAAGAGCCCACCUGCCCCGCCGGAUCCCCCAUUUGUGGCCCAACCCGGACCCCAGAAGUAUUUCAUUUCGGAUCAAAUGAUGACCAACGAAUUGAAGCUCUCCCAAAACAAGGACCUGGUUCUCUACUACAUCGGCGAAGCCGCCCUCAUAGAUCACCUUAAGAAGGCGGCAGCAGGUAUUCAGUCAGAGACGUUCCUGAGCUCGCCGGAGGACGAGCUGGUCUUGGUAUUCAGGCCCAACACCACAUUGCGCACUGUGCUGCCCGAGAUAUUGGCGGAUUUCGUAGAUCCCUUCUUGCGCUCUGGCUGCGCCUUUCGGCGUCUGAGUGCUCGCACCAGGUGGAAUCGGAACACCAUGGCGCGUCUGGAAAGGCCCCUAAAUCGGGCCAUGCGCAACAUUUUGGUCGAUUUUCUAUCCACCAACCGUGAGUUUUUGCUCUCCCAGGCCGCCGAAAAUCUCUCCCAGCUGCUGAUCAACUGCCGCCCUGCCAUGCGGCUGCUCCAUCAGCUGGAGAAUGUGUUCGAGAGUGAGCCAAAAUUAAAUCUGGACUCAGGGGUUUCGGGCCCCUUCUUGCUGCGCUGUGUCUGGCUGGCCAUCGACACUUGCGGCAACAGUGACUUCCUGCAGGUUCUCAUCUACUUGCUGCGGUGCAUAUCCCAAACAUACUUCGUUCAGCUCCAGAGAUGGAUCCACCAGGGUGAGCUGGACGAGGCCGUCAACGAGAUUUUCAUCAGUCGCAGCCUGAACACCUCACCGGCUCUGGUGAAAGAGUGCAGCAAGGAGUUUUUCGAUAGAGGCUACCACGUGGUCAACGAGGCCAUUCCGGAGUUUUUAUACGGGUGUGAGCAGGACAUCCUUCAAUGCGGAAAGUACAACCAGGUGCUUAAGGCCUAUAACGCUCAGCAUCCCGUCUUUGAUGUGGAAUACCCGGGAAUAGUGGUCUGUCUAACGGAGCAACAGCUCAAAGGGAUGCGUCGCAACCUGGCCGACAGAUAUGCCGUUAUCUACCAACGCUUCGGAUGGUGCAGCAUGCAGAGCAUCUUCGAGGAGCGCAAGGCCACCAAAAGUAGCUUCGCAAAUCUCAUGAAGGAGCGCACGCGGUCGCAUCUGGUCGCUUGGGAGGAAGAGCAGCGCGAGAUCCUGUCGAAGGCGAAUGCCCAGAAGAAGCUGAUGUACGAUCAAGUCAACGCGGAACAGGAAAUUCAACAGCAAAGUCGGCUGGAUAAGAGGCGCGAGGAGAUUGUCAACGAGUUGGCUUUUCAGCGGGAGAGCGAACGGGUUGAGGAUAAUCGCCUUGAGCGGGAAAAGCUAGAGUUGCAAAAGCAAGUGUCGCAACUAGCAGCCGAGUUGAUUGAGAAAGACCACCAGGAAGAGACCAGCCCGGAUCAGAGCACAUAUAGUGAUCUCAGUUUUGCAUCGUGUGCGGAAGGACCAGAUUUUCGUCCAGAAUCGGAAUCAGACCACGAUGAUGCGAGAACAGAUAAGGUUAAAGAGGCACCAACAGAGCAGAUGAAGCCUUCAGAUGCGGAAUCAAAGCAUCCAAAAAAUAAAGAAUCACCAAAGCUUCCAGAAACGGUAUUACAAAGUCCAAUAGAUGUAAAACCAGAGCAGCCAGGUGUGGUGGAAUCUCAACCUUUGUGUUCCAAUGUGGUUCAGUUUCAGCGGAGCCACUCGGAUGUGCUUAAUUCCAAUGAGCAGCUGACCUCCCAAACAGAAUUCGAUCGCAAUCGUCAACAUAUUCUUUCUUCGGACCAAUUCCAAGAGUGCUAUGCAAAGGUCCAUAUUUCACAGUCGGAGUCGGAUAAAACCGCAACCACAAGCUCAACUUCGGGAUUGCACGCGAACCUUCCGCCCGACAUCAAUGCUAAUCUAAAUCGCCUUGAAUCGGAGGAGCUGAGCGAUAUGCAGAGAAACCGUCUGCGCAAUGAGCACCACGAUGGUUUUUCCAGUUUCAACUCCACUGAGAGUGAGCACACCCAUCGUUGGCGACGCCAAACGGAUUCAAAUACGGAGCGUGCCAGAAACCGUCGACGUGUGUUAGAUAGCGAGUUUGGUAUCGCACAGACCGAAAAAGAUUUUGAAGAAAAAGCAUUACCUUGUCUAGCCAAUACGGAACGUGGCCUGCAUCGACGACGGGCAUUGGAGAGCAAGCUACGUAGUACGGUGCGUGAAGAUAAGGACUCGCCUUUCCUACCUUUAGAACUUAACAAACUCCACGUGGAAGUACCUUUGGCGGUGCUCACCCCCAUGUCCACCACUUCCGAUGUGGACAUCUUUGGGCUGUCACCCAGGGAAACGGUUGACAACGAUGCUGCCAAUAAUAACAACAUUAGUGAGACCAAAGAAGGCUCGUAUUCGGAAUCACUGCAGCCUGAACUUGUUGUUGCUAAGCCCACUAAGGCAUUACCGGAUAUCUUAAAACCAACUUUCCAUCUGCCCACUUACUUUGGGAUGGAAAGGGCCAAAGAAAAGGCGGUUCUCACUGUGCCGGAGCCCUACAAUCCACUCACAGCCCGUCGUUGCCUGCACCUCUCCGUUAUGGCUCCAGUGAACGCGCACUAUGCGCUGCUCCGGAACGAAGUUCUCAGGAUCUUCCAGGAGUUGCGUAUUUACGAGCAUUUCCGUAAGCUCAGAAACUUCUUUUUUCUAUUGGACGGCCAGUUUGGCACAUUGCUCACGAGCGAUAUCCUGAGAAGAAUAAGGGCGGGCAUUGAUCCGAAGAGCCUCUGCCAAAAGGGCAUCCUCGACACUAUGCUUACCAAUGCAUUAGCUGGCUGUUCGGCGGAUGAGACCACGGUGUCUCAGAAUCUCUCGCUCCACUGCAACAAUAUUCCGGACACGCUGAAUUUCCUGUCCCUUGAAGCCACAUCCAUGCUAACGCUGCACUGUAAUGUGGAUUGGCCUUUAAACCUGGUGAUCAGCCCCGAAACGGUGGCUAAAUAUGGACAGAUAUUCGGUUAUCUACUGAAGCUUCGCCAUGUAAACUUCGUUUUAGAGGGAUCCUAUGAGCAUCUGCAACAAUUGGGCAAGCUGCUUGGACCGGAACUCCGCACAUGUCCACAUUUUCGACACUUGCAAAUGGUGCGCCACAAGUUGUCGCACUUUAUGACCUCCUUCCAGACGCAUCUGGUGGCCAAAGCCCUGCAGUCCACUUGGAAUAGCUUCAAGGAGGAGCUGAGCACCGUCGAUUCCAUCGAGGGAUUGUACAAGCAGCAUGCGGCCUACUUGAAACGGGUUGCCUUCCUGGCGUUCUUAAAUCGAAGGAGUGCCAAAGUUAAGGAAACCAUCGACAAUAUUCUAGUUAUUAUACUACGCUUUUGCAAAGUCAUUCAGUCGCAGUCGUUUAUAAUGGAUCAAGAGAAUCACUUUGUGCAUCCCCGCUUUAAGCGCCUUUUACAGGAGGAGGCAGAGUUCGAGAAGUUCAUGCAGUAUCUCAUCUAUUUGGGCAACAAGGCAGCCUCUUCUGGUUACCAGGAGGAAAUCGGUGACCUGAUAUGUAUUAUUAAUUUUAACAACUAUUACAAGGUAUCUGAGGACAGUUCAAGUUCUUAAAUGGAAACUCAAACGUCUUAACACGAAACUGUGAAGGGAAUCGUAAAAAGAAUUUAUCUUACCAUUUAGCUGCGCUUACUUAGAUUUUAAUUAAUAUUUCUAAGCGUCCCUCACAUGUAAAGCAGACAAAAAUCAAUUGAUGAUAUUUCAAAAAUAUUUUUUGUUAUAAUUUUGAUUUGUCUUUCCGAUUUGUUUUUUUUAAUUUCUGUAACUAAUUAUGUCUAAGUUUUUAUAAAUAAUUAUUUUCUUUCAUAUCAAUGCUUUAAAAGUCAAAAGCUUAUGAGGACUUACCUUGUUAAUUGCUUCUAUAAAAUAAAAUACCUUACUAUUCAAGCUUCUAAUUUAUAAAACAAUUUGAGUUUAUUGCAUGUUUGAAU